AUUGGUGAAGCAGCAACACGUAGCGUCAUGGAAAAAGUAUUGUCUGCAGUUGAAUUUAUGCAUAGCGAAAAUCUUGUCCAUCGUAAUAUCAAAGCUGAGCAUAUAUUAAUUUUUGAUCCUGUAGAAUAUGCUAAGGUAAAAUUAACAGAUUUUGGUCUAGCAAGAAAAGUGGAUUCAACAGUAAAAUAUCAAGAAUAUGUGAACAAUUAUCAGGCUCCGGAACUAUGUGAAACUGUUGUCAACGAAGUUUUUACCGUCAAUAAAGCCAUUGAUGUUUGGGCACUUGGUAUUGUUUUCUAUUACUGUUUAAAAGGCAAAUUUCCCUGGCAAAAAGCGACAAUAAUGUGUAAACCGUAUUGGGAAUGGGAACAGUGGGUAAAACGGAAAAGUCCACAGCUACCAAAACGUUGGGAAACGUUUAGUGAAAAAGCGCUUAAAAUGCUUAAAAAAUCAUUGAAUCCAAAAUACAAAGAUAGGUGGUCAGCGAAGGAUAUGCGCAAAUUGAUAGUUAAGGAAAAGUUAUUAAAGGCACAAAAG